AUACAUUAAAAUUUUUCAACUCUCUUAUUGUUGUGUGUCCUACCACCACACACUCACGGGUUCCUUCUAUGCACACACCACACACUCGCUCAAUAUAAAAUAUUGUUACCCUUGCCACCACCAAUCAUGAUAUAAUUACAAAUGCUUUAAUUUUGUAGAACCUUCUUCACCCUCACUCUUCAGUUGCCAUCCAUGGAUCAAUUUCCAAUUCUCCUUCUCCUUGUCACAUCUCUCUUCUGUUUCCCUUUUGUGCUCAUUGCUCAAUCUCCGACUCCGAUUAUCUCCAAAAUCAGUGUAGUAGGAGUUGUUUAUUGUGAUACCUGCUCCACGAGCACAUUCUCUAAACAAAGCUACUUCUUGCAAGGUGUUGAGGUUCACGUACAGUGCAGAUUUAGAGCAACCUCACCAAAAACUAACGAGCAGAUAAGCUUCUCAGUGAAUAGAACCACAGACCAAUAUGGAGUGUACAAGUUGGACAUACCAUCAGUGAAUGGAGUUAACUGCAUGGAUGGUUCUGAAAUUGUGUCACUUUGCCAAGCAAGUUUGAUAAGGAGCUCCACUUCCACUUGCAAUGUUCCCUUUCUCAAGAGCACAACACGUGAGAUUUCAGUCAAAUCAAAACAAGAUAACCUGUGUGAGUACAUAUUGAGUGCUCUCAGUUACAAGCCACCUCAAAAGAACACUACCUUGUGUGAACAUGAAAAUGAGCGAUUGGAAAACUCUAUGAACUCCUCAAAAUUCUACUUCCCUUGGCAUCAAUUACCCUUUCCAACCUCACCACCAAUACCAUCUCUACCUUUCCCUUUCCCACAAUAUCCUCCAUUCAAUUUACAGGACCCUACAACUUGGCAUUGGGUGCCUCAUAAACCUUCCCUUUCUCCACCUGCUUUUAAUUUAGGGGACCCCUCUACUUGGAUCCCACAUAUUCCUCCCUCACCUCCUAAUAUACCACAACACCAAAAUCCCUAGUCUCUUUUUCAUUUUCUUUCUUUAUUCUUAUCAUAAUUAUAUUUGUAUGGAAACAUGUGAUGUGAUUGUGUGGUGAAGAACAUAGUAUAGAAACUAUAGUGCAAUUCAGUAAAUUAAAACUUUAUUGGGUGGUAAUGUAAGUCGGUGUUGUCUUGUCCAGCUCACGUGUAUGCUAUGCUCUUAGGCAAAAAGGAAGCAGCUUACAACGAGAAUAAUGUGUGGACUGGUCACAAAAAGGGAUCAUAGGAUUUUACUUUAAUCAAUUCAAGAUAUGUUGGUUGGUAGAAUAUUAACUUUGAUGUCAACCUUUGUUUAAUUUAUUUAAAGUACUACAAUGUCUUGCUUAAUUCUU